AUGUCCGCGCGCGCCCUCUCGCCCACUCCCCGCCCGACGCGGUCCUCGACGCCGUCGCGCGACGCGCGAUCGUGCGCCAAACCGCGAGUUAUCCGAAACGUCAGGUCCGUCAUCGCGCGCGCGGCGGGCGACCUGGAACCGGAUAACAUCUCCGUCCUCGUCUGCGGCGGUAACGGCGUCGCCAUGGAUGUGUUCCGACAGCUCACCGAGAAGGGCACGUGGGCCACGGUGUUGCAGCGACACGAGACGAACCGAAAGGAGAUUGAAUCCGUGGGAGGGUUUCUGGUGAAGGGCGACGCGUUGGACCCAAAGGCGGUGGAUAAGGCGAUGAACCAGAGCGAUGAGUACGACGCGGUCGUGAGCACGAUCGGGGGGACGCCGGCGGAUCCGAGAGCGGAUAGCGAGGCGAACAUCGCGCUGAUUGACGCCGCGGCGAAGAAGGGAGUCGGGAAGUUUGUGCUCGUGACGAGCAUCGGCGCGGGCGACAGCGCGGGGGCGCCGCCGCCGAACGUGUACGAAGCGCUCAAGCCGGUUCUGAUCGAGAAAGCGAAGGCUGAGGAACAUUUGAAGAAGGUGAGCGCGGCGACGGGGAUGGCAUACGUGAUCGUGCGACCGGGUGGGCUCAAGAGCGAACCGCUGACGAGCACGGCGGUGCUGACCGAGGACACGAACAUCUGCGGCGCCAUCCACCGCGAAGACGUCGCGGACCUCGUGAUUAAGUGCGUGUUGAAGGCAAAGGCGAACGGUAAGGUGCUGUCGGCCGUUGACAAGGCGCAACUCUUCGACCAACCGGAAUUCGUGCCGUUUGAAGUUUGA